UGCUUGGAAUCUUGAUUCUAGUCCUAGCUUUGACACAGACUCCAAACAUUGCAUUUUCUGGGAUGCAGUUUUCCCACUGGGCAUGAGAUUAGAUGAGAUACUCUAAUUCUAAGAAUCUUUAGUUCUCAGUUGUAUGCCAUACACUCCCCACCAUGACACAUUUACUGCUUAUGGAUCUGCUACAGAGAUAACAUCUCAAGGGCAAGUUCUUUGCUUUUCUUUCCUCCCAACAUUCCAUAUGUGCCUUCCUGCCUCCUCUCCUUACACCCUUCUCCACCAAGGGGGAACAGAUCAAUAUUGUCUACCUAAAUGAACAGCAGCUCAGUGAAGUAGGGUGGGAAACGGGCUGGGGUAGUUACCACUGUGCAUCUGCCUCCAGUCCUUGCCCCUCUGCAGGGAGUACCUGGUGCCCCCCCUUUCCUUGCUACCCCUACGAUGCCCCCAGCCCGCUGGCUGAGAUCGGCAGGGGCCUUCCUGCUUCCAGCCCCGCGCUGGGUACCCUGGGAGAGGCAGCUGGGUCCCCCUUGGCAGCCCUCUCUGACAAAUGGGGGCUCAGCCGUGGGGGCCCAGCACAGUGCUCGCCACUGGUGCCAAUCUCGGAGAGAGAAACCUCGAAUGAACGGAGAUCAGAAGUCAGUUUUUGCCCAAGAGAAGCAAGAUUUUGUCCAGCAUUUCUCCCAGAUUGUGAAGAUCCUGACAGAAGAAUGGAUGGGACACCCUGAGGUGGGAGAUGCCAUAGCCAGGCUCAAGAAGGUCCUAGAGUACAAUGCCCUCGGGGGGAAAUACAAUCGAGGAUUAUCGGUGCUGAUGGUAUUUCGGGAGCUGGUGGAACCCCGAAAGCAGGAUGCGGACAGUCUACAAAGAGCACUUGCAGUGGGCUGGUGUGUGGAGCUGGUCCAGGCUUUUUUCCUAGUGGCAGAUGACAUCAUGGACUCUUCUCUGACCCGCCGGGGCCAGCCAUGCUGGUAUAAGACGCCUGGCAUUGGCUUAGAUGCCAUCAAUGAUGCCAUGUUGUUGGAAGCCUGCGUCUACCGCCUGCUGAAGCACUUCUGCCGUGGGCAGCCCUAUUACCUGAACCUCAUUGAACUCUUCCUCCAGUGCACUUAUCAGACUGAGAUUGGCCAAACCCUUGAUCUUAUUACAGCUCCUCAGGGCAAAGUUGAUCUUUCCAGAUUCACUGAGCAGAGAUAUAAGACCAUUGUCAAAUACAAGACGGCUUUCUACUCCUUCUACUUACCAUUUGCUUCUGCUAUGUACAUGGCAGGCAUAGAUGGGGAGAAAGAGCACACCAAUGCCAAGAAUAUCCUUCUGGAGAUGGGAGAAUUUUUUCAAAUUCAGGAUGAUUACCUUGACCUUUUUGGUGACCCCAAUAUGACUGGCAAGAUUGGCACUGACAUCCAAGACAACAAAUGCAGCUGGCUGGUGGUGAAGAGCCUUCAGCUAGCAUCAUCUGAGCAAAGAAAGAUCUUGGAGGAGAAUUAUGGACAGAAUGAUCCAGAGAAGAUUGCCAAAGUGAAGGAACUCUAUGAGAAACUUGAAUUGCCUGCUCUUUUCAACAAGUUUGAGGAAGAAAGUUACAGUAGACUGAUGGGGCUCAUUGAAAAGUAUUCAUCUCCCCUGCCUUCUUCCAUCUUCUUGGAAAUGGCAAAGAAGAUUUACAAACGGCAGAAAUGAUCAGGGAGUGGGUUAUGAAGGAAGCUGGGGAGGGCAGGGGACCAUGUGUGGAGUUGGGGGAGGGUAAACUCUUA